AUGGUUACAAAGAAACCAACACAUGGUAGCGGUAGCGGAGCAGGUGGAUUGGCAAUGAAUAACAAACAGAUGGCAGGUUUCUUGGCCGAGUUUGUAAUGUCAUUUGUCAAUUGGAGUCUUUUCGUUGAAUACAUUUCGAUCAUUUGGUUCUAUCCAAUGGGAUUCAUGGGGUUCACUGGCAUGGAAGCAUUCCUCGUCAUGAUGUUUACACCAUUGCUUCUCGGCAUUGGACCCAUUUCCCAAUUGGUUGGCUAUCUCAAUCUCUAUUUGCGUUUGAUUGCUCAAUUGAUGGCAUUUGCUGCUCUCUAUCCAACCGACAUUGACCCCAAGAACGUGGAAAAGCACGAGAUUAUUCUCUUUGAGAACCUCCACGUCACCAAGACAGUCUUUGUCGGUGCCGCUCUCGCCAUUGACUGGCUCUGUCAAUGCCGUACCUUUAUUGGUGCCAACUCUAUCAGCACUGCUCGUCGUGAGCGUACUGCCUAUGCAUACAUGGUAGCCAUCAUCUUCCACGCUCUCAUGCGUCUUCCACAUCUCUCCAUCAAUCCAUUUGUGACAUGGCGUGAAUACAUCAUCUUUGGUGUCUUCCUCGUCGUCGUUUCCUUUGCCAUCUUGAUGCGCGAAAAGUUGGCCGGAGACAGUGAGGAAAGUGCCCGUCGUCGUCCUACACUCGAAGACGGUCCAUGUCCAUGGACCACUGGUAUCGGAUUCGGUGGUGUCUUGUUUGGCUGUCAACUCUUACUCUCCACCUAUGGUCUCAUUCCACGUUGGGUCAAUCUCGGCCCAUUCCCAGCCGGUAUCGUCAUCAUUGUCAUGAUGAUGGCUGGUUUUGCCAUUUCCAAAAAGACCUCGAUCGUCACAUCACGUAACUACUUUUUCUUUGCCAUCUUUUGCGGUGCCGUCUUUGGCUGGUGCUCUGGAUCGGUGCCAACCGUCAUUGGUUUUGUCGGUCUCGUCUCUGGUGGUCUCGUCGGUGUCUAUCUCAUGUCACUCUGGGUCGUCACCCUUGAAAACGUUGCCAAUACCAACAAAAUCACCAAACUCUUUAUCGCCACCUUUAUCACUUACGUUGUCCUUUUAUUCUGGGCUAUUUACAAAUUCGUACCAUGGUGGUUAGGAUCAACAUUAUUAAGAGAAAGAAAUCAAACCAUGAUUAUUGCAGUUAUUUUGUGUGCUGGUUUUGGUGCAUUGAGAGAAUCGAUUAGACCAACCUCUCAAAAGAAGGAGUUGCGUAGUCCAACAAUGGGCACUACCUCGUACCCCUCCAAGGAGUCAUUCUACACCAUUUUUGGUAUGCUCAUUCUUUUGGUUUUGUUCUCUGUCAACCGUUCUCUUUCACAUCCCACCCAAGCUAGUGUCGCCGGUCACCACUACAAGCGCACUCUUACCACCACCACCGUCCAAAACGAUCCACCCACCGAGAUCAAGUCGAUGAUCUGGACCAUUCACUUUGGCUACGACAACUAUGGCAGAAACAGUUUCCCCAACAUCACACAAGCUAUCGCCAGCCACGGUGCCAACGUCAUUGGUUUGCUCGAGUCUGAUCUUUCACGUGUCAUGACGGGCAACCGUGACUUGGUCGAGUAUUUGGCCAGCGAACUUCACAUGCACUCUGACUUUGGACCCGCCCCAUCUGAAAACACUUGGGGUUGUGCCCUCUUGUCGAUAUUCCCCAUCGAGCGUUCCAAGCACGUCAUUCUCCCAUCGCCAGAGGGUGAGUUGGCCUGUCUUAUUGACGCCGUCAUCAGAGUCGACGACACCGAAGUCAAUGUCAUUGUUACUCAUUUUGGAAACACCGAAGACGUCAUCGAUCGUAAGCUCCAAGCUGCUGGUGCCGCCGAAAUUGUAAAGACCAACAACAUGCCAACCGUAUUCCUUUCCUACAUCACCGAAAAGACUGGUGGUGACAACUACAAGACUUUGAUGGCAUCGGGUCUCCAAGAUACCACCAACGAACGUCGUUAUUGUGAAUAUGUUUUCUAUCGUGAUUUGGAAAUGACUCAAUUCAAACGUUGGGGUUGUGGAGAAAUCUCUGAUACUGAAGGUCAAUUAACUAAUUUCAAGGUAAAGAAAAAUUAA